AUGAAGCAAAUGUCGCAUCUCGACGAUACUCCUUCGACGCCUGGUAAAUUCAAGAUGGAUAAAUCCCCCUACUUCCACCGUACACGGUGGCAAUCCUCCGUCGCUAAGCUUGCUUUUUGGUCGCUUGUCUUUAUCGGAUUGAUCUUCAUCUUCUUCUUCCGAUCUCCCAUUUCAAAUCCCGUCUCCUCUGAUUCUUCUCGCCGCUCUCUUCGUACAUACACUUGGGGAGGACCCGAUUGGGAGAAACGGGUCAGAUCCUCUGCCCGAGUCCGUACCCGUAACGGUGUCUCCGUUCUCGUCACCGGCGCCGCCGGAUUCGUCGGAACACACGUCUCCGCCGCUCUUAAACGACGCGGCGACGGAGUUCUAGGGCUCGACAACUUCAACGAUUACUACGACACUUCGCUCAAGAGAUCUCGACAAGCCCUUUUGGAGCGAAGCGGAGUGUUUAUCGUCGAAGGAGACAUCAACGAUUUGUCUCUCCUCAAGAAACUCUUCCAGGUCGUCCCUUUCACUCACGUGAUGCAUCUGGCUGCUCAAGCUGGUGUGCGAUACGCUAUGGAGAAUCCGAGCUCUUAUGUUCAUAGUAACAUCGCUGGGUUCGUUAAUCUACUCGAGGUCUGUAAAUCCGCUAAUCCUCAGCCGGCGAUUGUGUGGGCUUCGUCGAGUUCGGUUUACGGAUUGAACACGAAAGUUCCAUUCUCGGAGAAAGAUCGAACAGAUCAGCCUGCGAGUCUCUAUGCUGCAACCAAGAAAGCUGGAGAAGAGAUUGCUCACACUUACAAUCACAUCUAUGGGCUCUCUCUUACUGGUUUGAGGUUUUUCACGGUUUAUGGUCCGUGGGGAAGACCAGACAUGGCUUACUUCUUCUUCACCAGAGAUAUACUCAAAGGGAAAGCUAUUUCCAUCUUUGAAGGAGCCAAUCACGGAACGGUGGCUAGGGAUUUCACAUACAUUGAUGAUAUAGUGAAAGGGUGUUUGGGGGCAUUAGACACGGCGGAGAAGAGCACAGGGAGUGGUGGUAAGAAGCGUGGUCAGGCUCAGUUAAGGGUAUUCAAUCUAGGGAACACAUCUCCGGUUCCGGUGACUGAUCUGGUGAGUAUAUUGGAGAGAUUGUUGAAAGUGAAAGCAAAGAGGAACAUGAUGAAGUUGCCGAGGAACGGUGAUGUGCCGUUUACGCACGCUAACAUCAGUUGGGCGCAGAGAGAGCUUGGGUACAAGCCAACCACAGAUUUGCAGACAGGUUUGAAGAAGUUUGUAAAAUGGUAUCUUGGUUACUACAAAGGAGGAAAGGGUUGA